AUCGAUUGCCGAUUCGUACAGACAGUCAUUCGCCAGCCGCAGAGUCGCCGGCUCAUUGUGCCGGGGUGCUUCUUGAUAUUAAGACAUCACGACCAACAUUGAAACAUCGUGAUUCGAUUAAUUGAACGUGCCAAUCUAUCAUCGCUAACGACAAGAAUGACGAAAAGCUAAAUGGCGUUGCGUGCUGACCCUUAAUCGAGUUGCCGGAGUUGUAUAUCGCAGGAAGGGAGGAAGGAAGGAUGACGGAACGAAAUUAUACGUGACAUUCGAUCAGGAUAUUAUUGUUGUUUUUAUAAACGAUCCAUGGUCUUCCGAGCGAGUAUUCAAGAUGCAGAUCCGUUGGAUCUGCUAAAAUUAAUAAUCCUUUUAAAGAUUAUCGCACCUGCGUGAUGGUGUUUCCGAACCAAAAUCGAAAGUUAAGUAUUUCAGUCAUGACACGUAAAUACGAUUGAGAUUUCAUUUUGAUUAUUCUGAUUUUUGUUUCUUUAUCUUAGCGAAGAAUGUAAUCUCGAAGAUCGCUUCGAUAUGUAAAUACAACAGGAAGUGUAAUAUUCAGAGAGAGAGAGAUAUAUGUUUAUGCGAUGUAUAACAACUACAAUUUUUUUUUUUACCUUCAAAGAGGAAAAGGAAAGAAUGAAAAGAUGAGAUUACGUGUAAGAAUACGGACAACCAGAAAGGAGGAAGGGAGUUCGAAAGGUCGUUUGAGCGAGCUGCUUUCGAUGAUUGACGACAGUCGCUUCGCGGUUUAGAAGCGGUUCAGAAGCGACCAGCCAAGAUUCACUAAUCAGUCGUUCAAGUCGUUACCUCGCGAUCUUUCCUUUGACGACGAGAUUUGCCAACGAUCGGGUCGUGAAUUACCAGAUAUCGGCGCUUCCUUCUGAGACAAGUCAGGCGGGACUCGCUCGUUCAUGCAAGGACGAUGACGAAAUUAUUCACCGGGGCUCCCUGAAGAACGGACGCAACGACGUUCAAAUUGAAGCACGAGAAGAGCUCGCUCGACCAUGAUCUCGCAGGCGUUUCAGGCGUUACUCCUCUCCUUGAUAGCCGCGCAUGGCUCCAUCGGGAACACCGGACACAUCUUCAGGAUCAAGUCGAACGGUUCGUCCGUCCGACACGAGGACGCUCGAACGUCGCACGACAGUGACAGCGAAAGCGCGGUGUUACUAGCUCGAGAGCUCGAGUUGCUCCAGCAGACGAUCGGCGUGAUCCGCGACGACACUUGCAGAAACGAGUGCCGGUCCGUUCUGGCCGGACUGCGCGACCUGGCCGGAUGGGCGGUGAAAUUUUACGACGCCACCGCGAAAAUGCCGACGGGCGUCCUGGCGGGCUCCGUUUAUCAAUUGGGCAACUUCGACGAGUGCCUGGACCUGGACGACGGGGCACCGGCGGGUAUUCGCGGACGAUACUGCCUCGGCGAAAUCGACGUCGGAGUGCCCGAGAUUUAUCUCGGUGAGAACGGCUCUAUAUGGGAGGCUUUCAGAGACGCCGAGGAACGGUAUCGGGAACCGAUAAGGAAAUUGUACUGGGGUAUCUGCUCGCCGGCCGGAUGCGCCGCCGAGGAUAUCGAGGAAGUCGUCCGGGAAAUCCUGGCUGUGGCCUUCGGCGGCUCUCGUCUGAGACUGACGGUCGCGAUGUCCGAGAUGUCGUGUUACGAGAAUGAGUUCGAGGCCGUCGGUACUCUGGAUAUUAUUUACGUGUGCGCGAUCUUGUGUGUGAUUCUGAUGAUCCUCGGUGGCACCGUAUUCCACACCGUCUGUUUAAGAAACAAAGAUGUAACACCGGACGGAAUUUUGCUCAAGAUUCUGAUCUCUUUCUCUCUGAUAUCGAAUCUGAAGAAACUUUUUAGUCCCGCGCAGGUCGACAACUUACAUCUGGAUUGUGUUUCCGGUAUAAAAUUCAUCUCGAUGGUGUUUAUCGUCGCCGGACAUUCGCUCGUAUUCAUCAUGAGUGGCCCGGUGUAUAAUAAAUAUUUUUACGAUGAGGCGGUAACCAAGAUCGAGAACUCGAUAUUUCUGAACAAUCCCCUGCUGGUCGACACGUUUCUUUUGUUGAGCGGUUUCCUCUUCUGCAGCGUACUUCUUCGAGAACUCGAUAAGAGAAAAUCGGUGAAUUUCCUUCUCUUAUACGCCGCACGUUACAUCAGAUUAACACCUGCCUAUUUUGUAAUGGUAGGCCUUUAUGCCACGUGGUUGACACAGCUGGAUCGUGGCCCACUUUGGUCCAUGAUGAGGCAGGAGAAAGAAAAAUGUUUGACCUCGUGGUGGGCUAAUCUUCUGUACAUAAACAAUUACGUCAACACGCACAAAAUAUGCAUGUUCCAAUCGUGGUAUCUCGCUGUGGAUACGCAACUUUUCGUAUUAGCACCGGCAAUCAUAUAUCCUUUGUGGAGAUGGCGCAAAAUUGGAAAAUAUUUACUCCUCGGUGCAACAGCAAUUUCGAUGGCGAUACCUUUCGCGAUGACGCUUCUCGGCAACUUGGAUCCGACGUUAAUGGUCUAUUCGCGUGAAAUUAAAGAUAUUACAAUUAAUCAUUUCUUUGCGAGCGCUUACAUUAAAACGCACAUGAGAGCGGAAUCAUACUGCAUUGGUCUUAUAUUUGGCUACGGCGCUUAUCGAUUACAAGCAGGCGAACGUAAAUUGUCGAAGAAAUUUAUCAUAUUUGGGUGGUUAUUUGCAACACUUUCGCUGCUGAUAUCGAUGUUCUCCAUUACAAUAUUUUACAACGUAAGAAAGGACUUCACUGUCGUCGAAGCUGCAGUAUAUUCACCGCUACAUCGAUUUCUUUGGUGCAUGGGCGUUGGUUGGAUUUUAAUUGCAUGCAUCACUGAUAACGCAGGACCUAUAAGAAACUUCUUAAGAUGUAGAAUGUUUGUCGUCCUCAGUCGACUGACGUAUUCUGCGUAUUUGGUAAAUGGUUUUGUCGAAUUACACAAUGCAGCGACCCUCAGGACGCCACAACAUCUAAAUAAUUUCCAAUUAUUACGUACAAUAUUGUCACAUGUAAUACUUACAUUCGGUGGAGCUGUUGUGCUGUCGACGAUGUUCGAAUCGCCAAUACUUGGUCUGGGACGGACGUUUUUGCAAAAAGGUAUGUUAUAUUAUGAUUACAAAUUGAAAAUGGAAAGUUGUACGGAAAAAUUGUAUUCAGAAAAUGAUAAUUAGGCACUUAAUCAUUUCUAAACAGAGAAGAAUAAAAUUAGCCGCUUAUGUUAAAAUCGACAGUAAAAUUAAAAUUAUGUAACAAAAUAUUAAUUACUAAAGUUAAAAUUAUUUUAAUUAUAACAAUUUAAUUAAUUCGUGCCAAAUUUCUAAAAGUCAUUCAUUACAUUUUUUCAAUAAUUUUACUAUCAGUUUAUUAUAAGCACGAUAUAUAUUAUUAAUUCAUGUACAUGACCUCAUUAAAUUGACAUGUUAUCGACUGUUAUCGCAAGAACGAUGCUAAUUUUAAUAUUUUAUUUAAAAAUCGUUGAGUCCACUAUAUCUUUUAAGAAUUCAAUAUUUUCUCAAAGGAUAGCACUUUAAUUAAAUAACCGAUGUAUAUACGUAAUUAUCGUCUGUCUUUAUCUUUUCAGAGAAGCAAGCGUUGAAACAUAAUCCCGACGAGAGAAUCGAUACGUCGAACGUGUAAUGUACAUGAAAAGUAAAAUGCUCAUCAGAA